AUGGCGACGCUGAGUACAGUUCCUCCCUUGGUGUUCGCCACUUCAACUUCAAGACCGUUUCCUCCACACCAAACCCACCGCAACAAACCCACCACCACCACCACUAACUCGUUAAAGAACUGCAAAACCAUCGACGAACUCAAGCUCUUCCACCACUCCCUCGCCAAGCAAGGCCUCGACAACGACGUCUCCGCCAUAACCAAGCUCGUGGCUCGAAGCUGCGAGCUGGGCACUCGCGAAAGCCUGACCUUUGCAAGAAAGCUGUUUGAUUUCUCGCACGGGUCUCGGUUCAUGUACAACUCUUUGAUCCGUGGGUACGCUUCCUCUGGGCUAUGCGAAGAAGCGUUACUCCUCUUUCUCCGGAUGAUGAUCGACGGAGUCUCUCCGGAUAAGUACACGUUCCCGUUUGGGUUGAGCGCGUGUGCGAAACGCAGAGCCGCACGUGACGGGGUUCAGAUUCACGGGUUGGUUGUUAAGAUGGAUUACGCUAAGGAUCUGUUCGUGCAGAACUCGUUGGUUCAUUUUUACUCAGAGUGUGGUGAGCUUGUUUGUGCACGGAAGGUGUUCGAUGAAAUGCCUCUGAGAAAUGUAGUUUCUUGGACGAGUAUGAUUUGCGGUUACGGUAGGCGCGGUUAUGCUAAAGAAGCUGUAGAUUUGUUUUUCGAGAUGAUGAGUAGUGAAGAUGUGAGGCCUAACUCUGUUACUAUGGUGUGUGUGAUCUCCGCUUGUGCUAAGCUUGAGGAUCUUGAAAUAUGUGAGAAGGUUUAUGCUUUUGUAAGUAGUUCUGGCGUUGAAGUUAAUGAUGUUAUGGUUAGUGCUUUGGUCGAUAUGUAUAUGAAAUGCAAUGAUAAUGAUACUGCAAAACAGCUUUUUCAGCAAUACGGUGCGAGGAAUCUGGAUUUGUGUAAUGCCAUGGCCUCCAAUUACGUACGCCAAGGGCUAACGAAGGAGGCUUUAAGUGUCUUGAGUGUAAUGAUGGACUCUGGUGUUAAACCUGAUAGGAUUUCUAUGUUGAGUGCGAUUGCGUCUUGUUCAGUACUGAAGAACGUUCUGCUGGGAAAGAGUUGUCAUGGAUAUGUACUGAGGAAUGGGUUUGAAAGUUGGGACAACGUAUGUAACGCCUUGAUUGAUAUGUACAUGAAGUGUCAGAAGCAAGAAACUGCGUUUAAGAUCUUUGAUUGGAUGUUGAACAAGACAGUGGUCACUUGGAAUACAAUAGUCGCUGGCUAUAUUGAGAAUGGUGAUGUUGAUGCAGCCUGGGAAACAUUCAGAACCAUGCCUGAGAAGAAUAUUGUUUCUUGGAACACGAUGAUUGGCGGUUUGGUUCAAGAAAGCCUGUUCGAGGAAGCCAUUGAAGUUUUCCGGUCUAUGCAAAGCCAAGAGGGUGUUGAUGCGGAAGGAGUGACAGUGAUGAGCAUUGCAUCUGCUUGUGGGCACUUGGGAGCUCUUGAUCUUGCAAAAUGGAUAUAUUACUACGUUGAGAAGAAGGGGAUUCAGCUUGAUGUCAGACUUGGUACCAGUUUAGUAGAUAUGUUUUCCAGGUGUGGGGAUCCCGAAACCGCAAUGUCGAUAUUUGAUAGUUUGGCUAACAGAGAUGUCUCGGCUUGGACAGCGGCUAUAAGAGCAAUGGCUCUGUCAGGAAACGCUGAGCAGGCCAUAGAGCUUUUCGAUGAGAUGAUUGAACAAGGUUUGAAACCAGAUGGAGUAGUGUUUGUUGGAGCAUUGACAGCUUGUAGCCAUGGUGGAUUGGUCCAACAAGGUAAGGAAAUCUUCGAGUCAAUGCAGAAAGUUCACGGAGUUUGUCCGGAAGAAGUGCACUAUGGAUGCAUGGUUGAUCUCCUUGGUCGAGCAGGGUUGUUAGAGGAAGCUAUGCAGCUCAUAAAGUCCAUGCCGUUGGAGCCAAACGAUGUGAUUUGGAACUCUCUUUUGGGUGCUUGUCGUGUUCAGGGCAAUGUGGAGAUGGCUGCUUAUGCAGCUGAGAAGAUACAAGUCCUGGCUCCGGAGAGAACUGGGAGUUAUGUGCUUCUCUCUAAUGUUUAUGCAUCAGCUGGAAGAUGGAACGAUAUGGCAAAAGUGAGGCUGAGUAUGAAGGAGAAAGGGUUACGCAAACCACCAGGAACUAGUUUAAUACAGAUUCGAGGUAAGACUCAUGAGUUCACAUCAGGUGAUGAGUCACACCCUGAGAUGCCGAAAAUAGAAGCAAUGCUCGAUGAAAUUAGUGAGUUAGGCCAUGUACCUGAUCUCAGCAAUGUCCUGAUGGAUGUAGAUGAGCAAGAGAAGAGAUUCAUGCUUAGCCGACACAGCGAGAAACUUGCAAUGGCCUUUGGUCUCAUCAGCUCAAACAAAGGCACAACAGUAAGAAUAGUGAAGAACCUGAGAGUAUGCUCUGAUUGUCAUUCAUUUGCUAAGUUAGUAUCCAAGAUGUAUAACCGAGAAAUCAUUCUAAGAGACAAUAACAGAUUUCAUUUCAUCAGUCAAGGCAAGUGUUCUUGUAAUGACUUGUGGUGA